AUGUUCCCCUUUUUAACAAGAAUGAAUUCAUCUAUAAGGAUGGGAGGAUUGAUUCUUGAGAGUUCUCCCAACACUUUUUCAAGGAACAUUAACCCUAUCGCUAAGAGAUUUAAACAUGAAUAUGCACCACGGUUUAAGAUCGUACAAAAGAAGCAAAAAGGUAGAGUGCCCGUUCGUACAGGUGGUUCAAUCAAGGGAUCCACUUUGCAAUUUGGGAAGUAUGGGUUACGACUGAAAAGCGAGGGUAUUAGGAUAUCUGCGCAACAGCUAAAAGAAGCAGAUAACGCUAUUAUGAGAUAUGUCAGGCCUUUAACCAAUGGUCAUUUAUGGAGACGUUUGUGUACAAACGUUGCUGUAUGUAUCAAGGGUAACGAAACAAGAAUGGGUAAGGGUAAAGGUGGGUUUGACCACUGGAUGGUGAGAGUACCCACAGGGAAGAUCCUUUUUGAAAUAAAUGGUGAUGAUUUGCAUGAAAAAGUCGCACGUGAAGCCUUUAGAAAAGCUGGCACCAAAUUGCCUGGGGUAUAUGAAUUUGUAUCCUUGGAUUCUCUGGUCAGAGUUGGGUUGCAUAGUUUCAAAAAUCCUAAAGACGACCCUGUGAAGAAUUUCUACGAUGAAAGCGCAAAGAAACCGUCUAAGAAGUAUUUGAAUGUUUUAAAGUCUCAAGAACCACAGUAUAAACUUUUCAGGGGUCGUUGA